GCGCAUCGCCGCCUCCUUUUCCUCGCCUUCUUGGAGACCAGCGGCAGCCUCGUCCUGCUCCUCACCCCGGUCUCCACCCACCCGCACCCUAGGAACGAGAUGGCGGCGCGGCACCUCAGAUCCGGCCUCCCCCUCCUCCGCAACCACCUCGCGGCCGUCGCCCAGGGUUCGAGGGGCUUCGCGUCGCAGGUGGCCAAGCCCACGGGGAAGCAGAUCAAGGUUCCAGAAGCUCUGUAUGGUGGCACAGGCAAUUAUGCUAGUGCACUGUUCCUUACAGCAGCUAAAGGAAACGUGUUGGACAAAGUUGAUUUUGAGAUUAAAACUGUUGUAGAGGCAUCCAAGAAGAGCCCAAUGUUUUCUCAAUUUAUAAAGGACUUGUCAGUGCCAAAAGAAACCAGGGUGAAGGCUAUAAUCGAAAUAUUUGCUGAAGCUGGUUUUUCGGAUGUCACAAAGAAUUUCUUGGCUGUCCUGGCGGACAAUGGAAGGCUGAAAUAUAUUGAGCGCAUUGCAGAGAGAUUUGUUGAUUUGACCAUGGCACAUAAGGGGGAGGUGAAGGUUGUUGUCAGGACAGUUAUUCCACUUCCUGAAAAGGAGGAGAAAGAACUCAAGGAGACCUUGCAAGAUAUCCUUGGAAAAAAUAAAACAAUUUUAGUUGAACAGAAGAUUGACUACAGCAUCAUGGGAGGUCUAGUGAUUGAAUUCGGGCAGAAGGUGUUUGAUAUGUCGAUCAAGACUAGGGCGAAGCAAAUGGAGUCGUUCUUGAGGCAACCCCUUGAAUUCUAACUGCCUUUUGGAUAAAACAUCAUCAGAAUGCAGUGGUUGCACUGCUAACGGUUUCUUUUUUUUUUUCCCCCUUUUUUUGUGGAGGAAAUGCUAAUGGUUUCCUGAUGUCUGCAACUUUGAUCUGGCAUUUGAAUAAAAUGUUCCUCAAGAGAAAGGCACUGUUUUUAUUUUCA